CGAUAAACUGUUUCUCGUACUUACUGUUUGCGUGUUAGCUUGUGUACAUUGUAAAGAACCGCGUCGCAUCGGUACACUUGUGAUUUAUUGGACGUGCCGUUUCAACAUGAAGUGUAUGAGACUUCUCCAACUUUACGUUCUGGUGAUAUGCGCGGUGUUGUUGUCAUUUGCUAGAGAAGGAUUGUUUUCACCUCUCGAUAAACCCACCAACCCCAGCCAUAACACACCACAAAAUGUUGAAAACAACGGGUUAGAUUGGGGUGCGUGGAGUUCCUGGAGCGAAUGUUCGCGGAGCUGCGGCGGUGGUGCUUCGUAUUCACGACGUGUGUGUCUCACGGAUUCGUGCGAGGGCAUCAACACUAGAUACAAGACAUGCGAAAAUCAGGAUUGCACGGAGACUACACAAGAUUUCCGGGCAGAGCAAUGUUCUUUAUACAACACCACGCCAUACAAGGGUAUCUUGUACACGUGGAAAGCUGUUGUACAGAAAGCACAACCUUGUGCACUUUACUGCAAGGCUCAUGGCUUUAACAUAACGACGAAGUUGGCACCACAAGUGCUCGACGGAACGAAAUGCAAAGAUAAUUCUGACGACAUGUGCAUUAAUGGGGCGUGCCAGGCAGUUGGCUGCGAUAAAAAGCUCCACAGUGACGCAAGAUAUGACGUUUGCGGGAAGUGCCAAGGUGACGGAAGUACAUGCCGGCUCGUAACUGGUUUACACCGGUUUAAUCCGGUCAAACACCGCGGCACCGAAGUUGUGAUAACAGUCCCGCAAAAAAGCCGACACAUAAGCGUGUCCGAACGUGGUUCAGGACAUAUUGGUCUUCUCUUAAGAGAGACUGACGAAUUCGACAUUUUCGUGCCGAAUAAAACGAAAGACGAGAAUCAGGGAGUUCUGGAACAUUCUGGGAUUGUAGUUGAGUAUGGGUCGGUGGCUUCUGGUAAGGAAUAUCUUGACGUUGCCGGUCCAGUUCCCCAAGACAUGAAAGUGCUCGCGCUCUACGACGACACCAUGUGGAAAUAUAUCCGCUACGAAUUCUAUCGACCGUUGGUCGUAUUUUGGAAACAUGACGAAACAUCUGCUCGCUGCCCCGUCACUUGCGGCGCUGGAGUAACCUUCAUCAAACCGAUCUGUGUUGACAUGGCAAGCGGAGAACAAAGAGAUGACGAAGCUUGUCACGCUGAAGGUAUAACCCCUCCCCUACCUAAGGUGUUUCGUUGCAAACUCGAAGACUGCCCGAUCAGGUACGAAUCUGGCCGCGUUGGAUCGACGUUCGAAUUCGUUCAAAGAGCCAGAUGGCUUACACAACCCUGGACCGAGUGUUCGGCUUCGUGCGAUGGCGGGUUCCAAACUCGCACCAUUUCAUGCGCUGAGGAUAAUAUAUAUGGUGACCCUAUUGAAACGGUUGGAGACACACUUUGUCAUAACGCUGGUAUCCCUGUACCAGUUAGUCAAAGGCGAUGCAACGAACAUCCAUGCCCGGAGUGGAUCACAUACCCAUGGUCACAGUGUUCCGCUUCUUGCGGCGCUGGGUGGCGCUACAGAACAGUCCAGUGCCAAGGCUACGAUGGAACUCCCGCAUUCAAAUGUAGUAAGAUGACAAAGCCGAUCGUUCGGCAGCUUUGCUUUAAAUCAAUGAUGUGCCCCGCCCCAGGUAGAAGAAUAUCUAUCCCAACACACAACGAAACUUUAGCCGCAAGAGGGGUGCAAAGAGUUGAUCUUGUUUUAAGCCGGCCGAAUUGGAUGACAGAUACAUGGGGGGAUUGCUCCCACACAUGCGGUGCCGGUGUUGCUACGAGAGUGGUCGCGUGUAAAGCUGCUGCAGGUGGAAGAUUGGAAACCGUUCCUGAUGAUGAAUGCGUUGGAGAGAAACCGAUUACAACCACGCGAUGCUCCAUGGGGGCCUGUCGUUUAGAGGGAUACCAAAACGCCCAAGACGACCAAGACGACCAAGCCGACCAAGACGAUCAAGCAGACCAAGACGCACAAAACGACCAAGAAACCCAAGACGACCAGAACGACCAGGACGACCAAGACGCCCAAGACGACCAGAACAACCAGGACGACCAGGACGACCAGGACGACCAGGACGCCCAAGACGAUCAAGAAACCCAAGACGACCAAGAAAUCCAAGGCGCCCAAGACGACCAGGACACGGAUUAUUAUGACACCGUUGAUCAAACCGACCAAGAAGACGAAAACGAGGAUGAUUUCGAAGUAGUUGAAGAUUUUGCCGCCUUUACCCGUGUUAUAUACAGCGCUCAUAAUCCUGUACCUGAGGAAGUUAGUGACGAAUUCGAUCCCUUGGAUUUAGAAAACUACGAAUGGAGGUUUAGCGAUUUUAGCUCGUGUACGCCGCCUUGCGGCCGUGGAUUCCAGUAUUCGAAGCAGUUUUGCCACCACAGAGUAACGGGCGCGAUGGUAUCAGAAGACCGCUGUGAUGUCACAAUGAAACAAACGAACAAAUCGCUUUCCUGCAUCGGUGAACCGUGUGACGUCAUCAGGUCAACUUUUAGCUCCCCGAAUAGCAGCAUGAGGUGGGAACUUGGGCAGUUCGGAGAGUGCAGUGUUACGUGUGGGCGAGGAGUCCAAACACGAAUGGUGGAGUGUCGGUACAUGCCUGAAGGUGUAGACCAGUCUCAUGCAUCAAGGGGGGAGCCCAGACCCGACCUGAUGUGCCCAUCUCCCAAACCAGAAUCUGAAACAUCGUGUUCAUUGGUCGCAUGCUCCCCGGAAUGGGUCCCGGAACCUUGGACUAAAUGUAGUAGAACAUGCGGGCGAGGUGAACAGGAGAGGGAGCUAAUGUGCAUGCAGAGGUUGGGGACUGGGGAAACUGUGCAAGUUUCCAAGGAAUAUUGCUCAAGGAAAAAGCUAAGCACUAAAAGAAGUUGUGGGUUGAGACACUGCCCGGCAAGAUAUAUUGUACGCCCGUGGUCACGGUGCCCCCCGCGUUGUGGGAAGAGUCAGAGCAUCCGUAAGCACGCCUGCGUUCAGCUCCUUGCCGGGAAAACAAAACCUGUUAUUGUGGAUUUACGAAGAUGCUCAAAACAACGACGCCCAAUCACCAGGAAGCCAUGCAAUAACCCCGCAUGCCCUUCUAUCAGAAAAAGUCCGGACCCGGUAUUUGUACAAACCACAAAAGAAGCCAAGGUUCGGCUACAGGUCGGAACCACAGCUUCAAUAUUUCCUAAAACGACCGUGAUCGUCCGGUGUAAAACUGACAGAUUCCGUAAGCAGAACCUUGUAUGGAAGUACCAUGGUAGGCCUAUCACCAGCAGGCAUGGGCACCUAUCUAUCCUAAAGGAUGGCUCACUGAGGAUCCUGCGUGUAGCAAAACCUGAUGAGGGCGUUUACGUUUGCAUGGCAGGAGUCGUAAGGGCAAAUUUUGUCUUGAAGAUCAUAACAAACGAUACAGACGAUGCGACUCCACCCCCAAGAAAUUUCUUCCCAAUCACGCAUUAUCCACGACGGGAAACUGGUCCCAGGGUUUAUUUAAAACAACCUAGCCAACGUAGACUCAAACCUAUAACGCACAUCGAUAACAUAGACGACAAUGAAAGGGACUUAGGAACCACAACAAGUCGAUUUGAUUUCCCACGUACAGUGGCAAUGGCACCCAGAGAUCCUCUACCUCCAGUAUUAAAAAUACCUGAGCUCUCCUACGGCAUACAACAACUAGCAAUUGAACGAGUGGAACCUCGUAGUAGUAGACGGCCAUCCUUGUCUGUAUCUCCUGUUAACAUACAGCGAGACCAGCAAGCACCAGAUGUAGUUAACAUCCCAAGCGAACCGCUAAGCCCUGAGUUUCAAAUUCGAACCCCUAGUUUUCCAGAACCAACUUCUGAAGAGGAUUUGGCAUUACACAGGUUCCUGAUGCAACAGGCGAACUUAGAAACUCCUGAUGUUCACCUCUUGGAGAAAUUUCAGAGAACCCCAUCAUCGUUGCUUCCAACAUCUGUAGAAGAUGACGACCUUCCGUUUCCGUUUCGUGAAACCGAGAUCGCAGUUGACAACCAAAGGAGCAGGAGUGGGAUUCGAAGCGUGGAUAACACUGCUGUGGUGAAGGCUAUAGGCGGACUUGGAGAACGGCCUCGAAAUAUGCAUCGGCCAUCUAUUAUUACCCAACCAACGGUUGCACCGCGGCAGUUAGAACGAGAAGUAAUCGUCUACGUAGGUGGCAACGUCAUUGUUUCCGAAAUAACAGAGGUCAUCACGAUCCUAUGCGAGGCAACCGGUGAUCCUGUGCCUCAUAUAAGCUGGUAUAGAGACAAUACACCUUUACCGGCCGCAAAUAACCGAAGGCAGUACGUGUUAGAAGACAACGCUUUCCGUAUCAUCCAUCCCGAAGCUUCCGACACUGGUUCCUACGUUUGUGUUGCUUCUAAUAUGUAUGGGAACGAUUCAAAGACAACCCCACUAACCGUGACUCAAAAACCUCGAAUCUUGUCAACCAUCGACUCAUUAGAAGACUUCGAGUCAGAUGUCAUUGAAGCGACCAUAGGUUCGGAUAUUCGGGCAAAGCUUGGCGCAAGAAUAAGGCUUCGGUGUCCUACUGCAGGUUUUCCGGAGCCUUACGUGGAUUGGAAAAAGGACGGCCCAGGCUUGUUACAAAAUUCGAACGUGCUCACAGACAACACACUUGAAAUAUUCCCAGCUCGUAAAGCCGACCAAGGCAUCUUCUCAUGCGAGGCAUCCAAUCCUGCUGGCAGCGAUUAUCAAGCUUCCUCUUUAGUAUUAGUCGACCCACCACAUUUGGACGAUUUGAACACCAAGGCAAACAUCGAUGGUUUACCUGAGUUAUUGCUCACCACAACUGACACGCAGCAAUAUAAUGUUAAAGUCAACAGUGCUGUUAUGAUGGGGUGCCCUGUAAAAGGAUUUCCAGAACCGAGAGUAACCUGGUCCUUUAACAACACUUCUAUAUUCGAGUUGGGCACGACUUUGGACUACCAACUUAUGGACCAAAUGAAAAUCUUACAAAUCCCAAACGCCGACUCAAACACAGAAGGGACAUAUACUUGUCAUGCAAUCAAUGACGGAGGCAAUCUUACAACAAGUUUACGUCUCAGCCUUGUAGUUUACUCGUACGAGUACGGGGAGCAUACACCAUGUAGCGCAUCGUGUGGGGACAACGGGUUACAAUACAGACGGCUUAUGUGCAUGGAGGAUGGGGUUAAAGAGGUGGACGAAUGGUAUUGCAUUGGAGUAACGAAACCCAAUGUAUAUAUGGAACCUUGUGGAAGACGAGACUGUCCACCAAGAUUUUUGGCUGGUCGCUGGGGCACAUGCUCUGCUACGUGUGGAAACGGCACGAGGACUCGGGCGCUCGGAUGCGGAAUAUUAAUGGCAGAUGGAAGCACGCGAGAGGUCGCCGUUGAGUUUUGUGGGGUGAACGAGACACGACCUAUUACAUCAGAGACUUGCUACGCAGAACGGUGUCCGUGGUGGCAACCUCGGCCGUGGAGAAGGUGUAGCCGAAAAUGCAUCGGGAGGGGUAUGAGUGUAAGAACGCGACGGAUUCUUUGUGUAUCUGGCAACGGUACCACCAUAGAGAGGCGUUCUGCUUGUAAACACUUGCCGAAACCUAGAAGACGCAUGCUUUGCCCGAAUGCUCGCUGUAAGCCAAUAUGGGUUGCUAGUACUUGGUCAGUAUGUUCGAAACGAUGCGGCGGGGAUGGGAUUCGAACCCGGAUCCUCAACUGCGUAUACAAGGGAAGGAGAAGACAACCUGCAGGCUCUUUAUGUUCAUCACGGCAUCGACCCCUCGUUUCCAUUCCUUGCAAUAGGUCCCAAUGCCACGAAGGUCAGAACAGUUUGGGAUCCCACAAUACAACAGUUCCAUGCGUCAACAAAUCCCCAUCGUGCCGUUAUGUGAGAAGAAAAGGACUCUGCUUAUAUUACAAACGAAUUUGUUGCCAGACUUGCAGCUAAUCCCAUCUAAAAAACGCAUAUGCGAUUUACCCUCAACGACGUCGAGAUAUGGAUACCAUGCAGCAUCGACGGACGAAAACAGUAUAAGUAGAUGUUUAGGCUUAACAUGUGAAUCAAAACAAAAACAAAGUUCAGAAUAUUUGAUAAAAAAAGCAUCAGCCGCAUCAUAUGGCCGACGCUGUCCCCAUUUGCAGUUGCUUUCAAUCAUAUUUCAAAACCCUAACACUGAUCCAUUGUGACUUGCACUUACCAUUGGGGAGCUGCAUUAAAACGCUACACCAAGCUUAAAAGCAGAUGCAUUGACAUUCCUUAUUUCUUAUUGGUCUCUUCUUAUUCCUGCAACGCUUCUUCGUAAGUUUUAGUUUCUCUUUGUAAGAGCGCCUUCUUCAUUAUUUUGUAUAUUUGUUUUCAAUGCGGUUUUAACGCAAAUAUAGUUCCUGUAUUUCUCACUAGGUUUCAUGCUCGUGUGUUUUAAAUUAUGGCUGACAAUUGUUUUACUACACACCGAUUCAAAUAAAACUGAGAAAAAACAA